GGGCAGUUGCCAGGGCCGGGAGGCGCGGCGGGCCCUAGCGACAGGCAUGGCGGAGCGCUUCCAGGUGCUGCGGUGCUGCUCGUGCCGCGCCUUCCAGGUCCAGCAGGUGAAGCGGAGCCGGUGCUGGAGCUGCGCCGUGUGCGGCGAGCGGCAGGCGCUGCUGCGGGACUACGGCCGGGGCUGCGCCGCCGACUGCCGGCGCCACGUCCAAAAGCUGAACCGACUGCGGGGGGAGGCAGAGCAGGCGGCAAGAGCCGCCGCGCGGUGCAUAGAAGAAUCAGUAGAUGACAAAAAAUACACAGCAGUUGAGCCUGAAGGCAGUUUGGGCUGGCAGGAGCAGGAGGUGGAGGUCAGACCCUUUGUCAGCCGCUGGAAUAAAUAUCUGGAUAAGGGCAGUGAAGAUGUGGAGGAAGAGGAGGAGUUGCAUUCAAACAGACAGCAGCUCUGUUCCCACCAGAACUGUGUGCAAGAACAAAGGAAACGCAGUAGCAGCUUCCACAGCAGUGAUGCGCAGGAGCACUGCGAGGAAAACAGAGCUUGUGGGCUCACCUACCAGGCCAAGAAAGUCAAAGCCUUUGAGAGCAGGAAAACUUCAGUAGCGGUGACUGAACAAGAUCAUGAAGAUGUCCUGUGUGAUGGUAUUGUGGUUCCUGCUCCCAAUCGGCCUUUAGUAUCUGAGGAGGCAAGUUCCAGGGUCAGGUCAAGUCAUGUCACUGCUUCUAAGUGGAAAACAUUUCUCUCAUCCACCAGUGACUACAUUGAAGAUAAAGAUAAAACAACCCUUACAGCCCAUAAGUUAGAGCCACUCAAAGCCACUGCAGCAGACUUCCCCACCUCUGGUGGAUAUGCACAAUGGGAAGAAGAGUCUCUGACUCCAGAUGCAGUUGCCCAAAUCAAAAACAGUUUCAACAAUAAUAAAUGCACUGCUCAGCAACAUGCUUCAAAGCCACACAGCACUGCAGCAACCAAGCAUGUGAAAACUGCCUUUAAUGUCAGCAAUGAAGCAGCUGGAGAUAUGACCUGUGGAAACUGUGAGGAUCACCUGAUGGGGGCAGGAUCUGCUGUUGCAGAGAGAAACAAAGAAAGGCUUUGCAUGGUAGACAGUACUGUGAUGCCAGCCGGCAAACUGUCCAAGGCCUCUGUGACACCUUCUGCAGGUUCUUUUGUGAGCUGUAGUGUGGUGUCUAACCCUCUUACCACUCCACAUAAUGGCCUCUUUUGCACAGGUGAUGACUUUGAUGAUGAUCUGUGAGAAGUUUUGGGCUCCAGCCUUGACCUUCUUGCCUCACCACCCUGAUUGAUGGGGGGGGGUUGCUAGCCACUAUUCUUGUUUAAGUUGUAUUAAAAUAGUUUGAAAGAGCAGAGCCCUAGAGUGUUCUAUUACUGUCUUGAGAAAUGGUCACUUAUGGUUCAUUCUAACAGUGUGAGGAAGGGAUGUCUUCAUGCAGUUUAUUUUCUACUGGAAGUUGGAGGGCUAAAAAUCUGUUCCCUUGAUCUGGGCCAAGUUGUUGUGCUUAUGCGUUGCUAUCUCUACGAAUCACAGUAUUUUUAAGUGUUUUCUUUUUGAAUUAAGAUGCAAUUCUAGAGACUAGAGUCCCAUCCCCCCCCAAGCUUGUGUUACUUGCCUGGAGCAUAACUUAUUAAAGGAAUUAUUUUUGGACUCUUUUCACAAGCAAGAUACUCUCUGGUAAUUCCUUGUACUCUCUGAAAAAAUCUCUGAGGAAGGAAUUAAAGAGUAUACUUCUCA